AUGUGCGAGAAGAAGUCGCCUCGUCUGAUUGACUACAUUGUGUUUGUUGGGCAGAAGAAUCCAAGUCGCAACGGCGUUGCCAUUUCUCAGCCCGAGUUGCUGCGCGUGUAUCCUCCUCAGAACCACGUUGACUUUGCUCUUCCAAGCGACAUA